UGAUACUGGGCCGCAACUAUAUAUUGUGUAGCUAGCUAUCUGUAUGUGUAUAGCUACCUCACUAGCUAACUAGAUGUUUGUGUGUGUGUGUGUGUGUGUGUGUGUGUGUGUGUGUGUGUGUGUGUGUGUGAUAGCUCCUUUUACUGCAUCUAAUUCCUGUAAGCCACCCAGUAUUGUUAUAGCAGCUUUCAUUAGGAACGUGUGUGUAAUAGCAAUAGCUCCCUUUACUGCAUCUAAUUCCUGUAAGCCACCCAGUAUUGUUAUAGCAGCUUUCAUUGGGAAUGUGUGUGUAAUAGCAAUAGCUCCCUUUACUGCAUCUAAUUCCUGUAAGCCACCCAGUAUUGUUAUAGCAGCUUUCAUUAGGAAUGUGUGUGUGUGUGUGUGUCGGAAGUGGGGUCGAACAAUGGGAGUGGGAGAGAACACUUGGCUGCUUAUUCCCAGAGGUCUAUUCGCUCAUCAGCCCAGUCCCAGAGAUCAAGUAUCAGACCACAGUCCCACGCACUUUCACUGCAUCUAACACAGUGUGACAAACUAGCUGUGUAGAGUAGAGUACACAACAAGUGCACAGCCCUCUCUCUGCCAGCCCACCUGCUCUCUCUGCCAAGAAGCUUCUCCAGUCUUAGCAGGCAGGUGAGAGAGCUGCCCUGGCAUCCACUAUAACUAGAGUUGGUCCUCGUCAGAGGUGUACUGAACUAUACUGUACACAAACUACUUUGCUCCUUGUUCCCAGAAGAUUAAGUGAGAUGGGAAUCACAUUGUGAGAUGUGAUCCAAUACAGUCGUUCCUCUCCACUGCAUGGAUCUGAUGGGACCAGACACAGCUCGUAUUUGCUCUACUCGUAGGCCUAUUUGUUGACAUUUGGCCUGAUCAGAACUCUGUGUGCGAUUUCUCUGCUGAGAACCUGUUAGAGAAAACAUUACAUGGGUAAUGCUGGGACAGGGCCAUGGCUUGUGUGGUGUAGCAUCUAACAGGCAGGUGUGGAGCCGGAGCCUAGGCAUUAUUAACACAACAAAGAUUCCAUUGGACGCCACAUGUGAGACUUGUGUUCUGAAGGCUGAAUCGUGCUGGAUCAUAGCGGGGAACCUCUAUGCUUCACUUCAGAUGUCAAACCUACAGCAGUAGCAGUAAACCACCAGGCCACAAAAGACUGGAAAAAUACAUUCUUAAGCUUUCGAACCAAUGCUUUUCAGAAUCGCUCCACCCUGUUGACAAAUAACAGAUGAUAGAAUUAUUUGCUGAAGUGAUUCAACAUAACAUAACAUAACUCUAUCGAACUUAGACUCCUUUCCUUGAUUGACACUGAACAAAGCAAGGCUACACCUUAGUGUGCCUCAGAACCAACCAUAGAACAAGAAAAUACCAAAAGCUAGAAUGUGAGCAUCAAGAGAUUCAGUGCCUUUUCCAUUGUGUCUCUCGUCCUGUGUAAAGGUGGCCAGCCAAAUCAUUUCUGAGGACAGUGAGGUGGAGUUAGUAUCAUGAAAGACAGAACCCAAAAUCACAAUAAUCGGAGGAUAGGAUUACACCGUCCUGUCAUCCAGCUGUUCCUAGGUCAGAGGAGACUCAUGAUUAACUAAGUCAUCCUAAAUGGGACCCUAUUCCCAAUGUAGUGCACUACCUUUGACCAAACCCCUAAUUGGGUGCUAUUUAGGACGCAGCCUAAGGCUCAGCUACUGCUCAUAACUUCACUCUCACUUAAUGAAUACAGUAGGAGUAUUCAUUAUUCAAAUGAUGUGUACUACAGUUGAGGUCGGACGUUUACAUACACUUAGGUUGGAGUCAUUAAAACAGUUUUUCAACCACUCCACAAAUUUGUUGUUAAACUAUAGUUUUGGCAAGUCGGUUAGGGCAUCUACUUUGUGCAUGACACUUAUUUUUUUCCAACAUUAGUUUACACACAGAUUAUUUCACUUAUAAUUCACUGUAUCACUAUUCGAGUGGGUCAGAAGUAGAGGUCAACCGAUUAUGAUUUUUCAACGCCAAUACCGAUACCGAUUAUUGGAGGACCAAAAAAAGCCGAUACCAAUUAAUCGGCUGAUUUAAAAAAUAUUUAUUUUUAUUUCUUUGUAAUAAUGACAACUACAACAAUACUGAAUGAACACUUAUUUUAACUAAUAAUGCACCAAUAAAAUAAAUUUAGCCUCAAAUCAAUAAUGAAACAUGUUCAAUUUGGUUUAAAUAAUGCAAAAACAAAGUGUUGUAAGAAAGCUAACGUUUAUGUUCCUUGCUCAGAACAUGAGAACAUAUGAAAGCUGGUGGUUCCUGUUAACAUGAGUCUUCAAUAUUCCCAGGUAAGAAGUUUUAGGUUGUAGUCAUUAUAGGAUUUAUAGGACUAUUUCGCUCUAUACGAUUUGUAUUUCAAAUACCUAUGACUAUUGGAUGUUCUUAUAGGCACUUUAGUAUAGCUUCCAUCCCUCUCCUCGCCGCUACCUGGGCUCGAACCAUGGACAACAGCCACCCUCAAAGCAGCAUUAACCAUGCAGAGCAAGGGGAAGAACUACUCCAAGUCUCAGAGCGAGUGACGUUUGAAACGCUAUUAGCGCGCACCCCACUAACUAGCUAGCCAUUUCACAUCGGUUACAGCGGCCUAAUCUUGGGAGUUGAUAGGCUUGAAGUCAUAAACAGCGCAAUGCUUGAAGCAUUGCGAAGAGCUGCUGGCAAAACGCAUGAAAGUGCCGUUUGAAUGAAUGCUUACGAGCCUGCUGGUGCAUACCAUCGCUCAGUCAGACUGCUCUAUCAAAUCAUAGACUUAAUUAUAACAUAACACACAGAAAUACGAGCCUUUGGUCAUUAAUAUGGUCGAAUCCGGAAAGAUCAUUUCGAAAACAAAAUGUUUAUUCUUUCAGUGAAAUACGGAAACUUUCCGUAUUUUAUCUAAUGGAUGGCAUCCCUAAGUCUAAAUAUUGCUGUUACAUUGCACAACCUUCAAUGUUAUGUCAUAAUUACAUGAAAUUCUGGCAAAUUAGUUCACAAUGAGCCAGGUGGCCCAAACUGUUGCAUAUACCCUGACUCUGUGUGCAAUGAACGCAAGAGAAGUGACCCAAUUUUACCUGGUUAAUAUUGCCUGCUAACCUUUCUUUUAGCUAAAUAUGCAGGUUUAAAAAUAUAUACUUUUGUGUAUUGAUUUUAAGAAAGGCAUUGAUGUUUAUAGUUAGGUACACGACAGCCCUUUUUCGUGAAUGCGCACCGCAUCGAUAAUAUGCAGUGCAGGACACGCUAACUAGUCAAUGCUAGCUAGCAACUUACCUUGGCUUCUUACUGCAUUCACAUAACAGGCAGGCUCCUCGUGGGGCAGGUGGUUAGAGCGUUGGACUAGUUAACCGUAAGGUUGCAAGAUUGAAUCCCUGAGCUGACAAGGUAAAAAUCUGUUGUUCUGCCCCUGAACAAGGCGGUUAACCCACCGUUCCUAGGCCGUCAUUAAAAAUAAGAAUGUGUUCUCAACUGACUUGCCUAGUUAUUUUAUUUUUUUAUUAAAAAAAUUCUUCAAUCACAUGUACAGCGGAUUCUCAAGAUCUUGCACACUAAUGAGAUGCUAUUGAGCCCACACUACUACACUGUCUGAGCCAAGGACGACAUGCCUUCUGGAGUGGGUACGGUGGUGCCCCAGCCCCCUGGUCUGUGGGAUGACUCGAUGAGUGUGGCGGCGGGGCACGGAACAGCAGAGCGACUGAGUGAGAAGAAUGGGCAGUAGGGGCUGUGACUGCAGGCUCGCUGUCUCCACUGGUGUCCCUACUGCGGUCCUCUACGGCUCCCUGUCCCUGUUUGUCUCCAUUCUGCACAACGUCUUCCUGCUCUACUACGUGGAGACCUUUGUCUCCGUUUAUAAGAUCGACAAGCUCUCCUUUUGGGUUGGAGAGACAGUGUUCCUGAUAUGGAACAGCUUAAACGACCCUCUCUUCGGCUGGCUGAGUGACCGCUCCUUCCUCAGCUCCCCACAAUCUGGCCCCCAGAUCUCCAGCCCAGAGGUGGUACUAAAGCGUCUGGCUGCCCUCUCUAGGAAUGGCCCCCUGUUCGCCCUCUCCUUCCUGGCUUUCUGGGUGUCAUGGGCGCGGCCGGGCCUCCAGUUCCUGGUGUGCUUGUGCUUGUAUGACGGCUUCCUCACCGUGGUGGACCUCAACCACAACGCCCUGCUGGCCGACCUGGCCGUGUCGGCCUACGACCGCACGCGCCUUAACUUCCACUGCUCUCUGUUCAGUGCCCUGGGCUCGCUCUCUGUCUUCCUGUCCUACAGCGUCUGGGACAAGGGUGACUUCUACUCGUUCCGGCUGUUCUGCGUAGCGCUGGCGGUCGUCUCCGCACUAGGCUUCACCGGCGUGUCGCGCCUGUUGAAGAGCCGCUUUCAGAAAGAGGCGCGCCUGAGACGGGACGAGGCGCUGAAACUCAAAGAGUUGAGUAUUGGCCAGGGCCCUCUAACCCAGCAGGAGAAGCCAGUCACUCUAGGAGAGUAUCUAAGGCAGCUCUCCAAGCACAGAAACUUCAUGUGGUUCGCCUCUAUGAACCUGGUCCAGGUGUUUCACUGUCACUUCAACAACAACUUCUUCCCUCUGUUCCUGGAGCACCUCCUCUCUGACAGCAUCUCUGCCUCCACCGGCUCCAUUCUGCUGGGGAUCUCCUACAUAGCACCCCACCUGAACAACCUGUAUUUCCUGACCCUGUGUCAGCGCUACGGGGUCUACACGGUCAUCCGCUGGCUGUUCCUGGUCAAGCUGGCUCUCAGUGUGGCCAUGCUGUUGGCCGGGGCCGACCAGGUCUAUCUGCUGUGCAUCUUCAUCGCCAGUAACCGGGUGUUUACGGAGGGCACCUGCAAGCUGUUGAACCUGGUCAUCACAGACCUGGUGGAUGAGGACUUUGUGGUGAACCAGCGCCAGCAGGCCGCAUCAGCGCUGCUCUUCGGUAUGGUGGCCCUGGUAACCAAGCCUGGCCAGACCUUUGCUCCUCUCAUCGGCACCUGGUUGCUGUGUGUCUACACAGGCUAUGAUAUCUUUGAGAGAAACUCCAUACAGGACUCUGCGGCAGCGAUGGCAUCCCCUGUCUCAGGCCAAGCAGGCUUCACUGUUCCACUUCGCCAGGGCUGUUUCUACCUGCUGGUGUUUGUGCCCAUCUCCUGCGCCCUGCUGCAGCUACUGGCCUGGUCCCGCUUCACCCUCCACGGCCGCAGACUGCAGGGCGUCAAGGCCCAGAGGCAGGGAACCCAGCACAGCCACCUCAUGGAUGUCAAGGCCAUCUGAUCUGUGUCCAGCCCUUCCGCACCUUCGCUCAACUGCAUGAUGCUAUACCACCCUCUGCCACUGGGGUCAGCAGGAUGGAACACUGGAGAACAGAUUUAAAUCCCACUGUCAGGGACAAAAAUAUACUGUGAGAAUCUUGCCUUAUUUUGAUAUUAAGAGGACAAAGACUAUAUGUAUGAACUGAUGACUAAAUGAUACAGCAGAGCCAAUCAAAGAAUAAGAUUCCCAUGCCCCUCUCUGGGACAGGGCGAGUAGACCAUCCUAGGUUGAGGCGCAGCCUGGAAUGCAUUUCCAUCCCCAAAGGAACACAAAUUGUCACCAACUUUGCUAUUAAAGUGUGGUUACCCAUUUUUGUAUUUUUCACCCCAUGGCAAAAUGUGUUAAAUUGCUGUGUGAAGGAAAAUAUUAAGUAUGAAGGGGAAAAAAAUGGGUGUAUGUGCACACGAGUAUAAAAUCUAAAGCCUGAUUUGCAUGGACCUUGCGCUUUAAAUUACAAUUAGUGUUGAACCAUCACCAUGCUAUUCUCUGUAUCUUUAUGAAGUACUUCUAGUAUGAAUCUGCAUGUUCAGAAUUGUAAAAAGUCAAGGAACUAUUUCUCUAUUUGUUUUACUGUGACCAGUACUUCUACUAUAAUAGCUGCCGUCUCCAAUAUUCAACUGAAUUGCCUCGUGUUUUCUCACGCAUUGUUGUAACGUUUGAAGGUGAUGUGUUUAGCAUUUAGGUAGCGAUUACAAAACAAGGCCCUUAAACAACUUCUGUUUACAUGUGUACCCCAGUUCAGGAAAGAGAUGUAUCUUUACACAGUGUACGAAACAUUAGGAAUACCUGCUCUUUCCAUGAGACUGACCAGGUGAAAGCCAUGAUCCCUUAUUGUAGUUAAAUCCACUUCAGUCAGUGUAGAUGAAGGGUUAAAGAAGGAGUUUUAUGAAUUGCUUAUGUUUGCCAUUCAGAGGGCGACUGGGCAAAGGGAAAACCUUUAAGUGCCUUUGAACGGUAGGUAGUAGGUGCCAGGAAGCACCGGUUUGAGUGUCAAGAACGGCAACGCUGCUGGGUUUUUCAUGCUCAAUAGUUUCCUGUGUUUAUAAAGAAUGGUCCACCAUGCAACGGACAUUCAGCCAACUUGACACAACUGUGCGAAGCAUCCACGUGGAACACUUUCGACACCUUGUAGAGUCCGUGCCCCGGCGAAUUGAGGCUGUUUUGAGGGCAAAUGUGGGUGCUACGCAAUAUUAGGAAGGUGUUCCUAAUGUUUUGUACACUGUGUAUAUACUGUACCAUGAAGCGAAUUGAGAAACAGAUUUGACUGAAAAUGUGAAACUGUUUUGCCAUGAUGACCCAACUAAUAUAUGAUCAUCAUGAAGAAUACAUUCCGUACUUUUUCCAAAGUUUAGUUUUGAAUACUGCUGCUACAUGGUUUUCUAUGUGAACAGAGUAUUAAAGGAGUCUUAAAUUCCAUCACAUUAGUAUUACAUUUUUUUUCUAAAGUAUUGUGAUAAUUUGAAGACGCCUUGAUAGUAGUGUUUUUAAGUGACUCAGGAAUUCCAGUUUCAGCACCAUGUGAUUCACUUAGCCAGAAUGGAAAGCAGAGGUUUGAUCUUAUAAGACAUCCUUACGGUAUACAGCAGAGAUGCCUGUAUUUGCCAGUUUUGUUACGGAAUACUGUACAAUGUAUCUGUCUGGUUGUACCCCUGCUCAUUGUAGCAUCGGCCAUUUCCGACCAUCUUUGUGACCUUUUAUUAAAGUGAUCUCACUACUUGA